AUGCGAGAGGCCGCAGAACGGCGGCAGCAGCUGGAAUUGGAGCAUGAGCAAGCCCUGGCUGUUCUCAACGCCAAGCAGCAGGAAAUUGACCUUCUGCAGAAGGCUCAGGUUGAAGCUAAGAAAGAACAUGAAGGUGCUGUGCAGCUGCUAGAGUCCAAAGUUCGAGAACUGGAAGAGAAAUGCCGGACACAGAGUGAGCAGUUCAACCUGCUGUCGCGGGACUUGGAGAAGUUCCGGCAGCACGCUGGGAAGAUCGACCUUCUGGGCAGCUCGGGGGCCUUCUUGGACAUUCCCUCAGCCCCCACCAAGCCAUUCCCACAGUUCGUGAAUGGACUAGCAACCUCCAUUGGCAAAGGUCAGGAGAGUGCUAUUGGAAGUUGUUCGAUUGGUGAAUAUAUCCGGCCCCUCCCACUUCCCAGUGACAAGCCGGAGCCUGUGUCCAUCAAGCCCACCUUUCUGUCGAGAUCUAGUAGCCCAAGAUGCAGAUUUGAAUCAGACAUGGAGAAUGAACGGAAUUCCAAUACCUCAAAGCAGAGAUACUCGGGGAAAGUCCACCUGUGCGUUGCCCGCUAUAGUUACAACCCCUUCGAUGGGCCAAAUGAAAACCCAGAAGCUGAGCUGCCCCUCACGGCAGGAAAAUACCUCUACGUCUAUGGAGACAUGGAUGAGGACGGAUUCUAUGAAGGAGAGCUCCUGGAUGGGCAGAGGGGUUUGGUGCCCUCCAACUUUGUGGAUUUUGUCCAGGACAACAAGUCGCGGUUGGCAGGGACGCUGGGGAAUGAACAGGAUCAGAACUUCAUCAACCAUUCCGGCAUCAGCUUGGAGGGAGAGAACAUCCUCGACCUCCAUUCCCCCACUCACAUGGGCUCGGGCAUCACAGACAAUGGGGCGGGGACGCUGGACAUGAACAUUGAUGACAUUGGAGAAGAUAUUGUGCCUUACCCUAGAAAAAUCACCCUUAUCAAACAACUCGCCAAAAGUGUCAUUGUGGGCUGGGAGCCUCCUGCAGUCCCACCAGGAUGGGGCACCGUGAGCAGCUACAAUGUGCUGGUGGACCAGGAGACACGCAUGAGCCUCACGCUGGGGAGCAGAACCAAGGCCCUCAUCGAGAAGCUCAACAUGGCAGCCUGCACCUACCGCAUCUCCGUGCAGUGCAUCACCAGCCGGGGCAGCUCGGAUGAGCUGCAGUGCACACUGCUGGUGGGCAAGGACGUGGUGGUGGCCCCCUCCCACCUGCGGGUAGACAACAUCACACAGAUCUCGGCCCAGCUCUCCUGGCUCCCAACCAACAGCAACUACAGUCAUGUCAUCUUCCUCAAUGAGGAGGAGUUUGACAUUGUCAAGGCCGCAAGGUACAAGUACCAGUUCUUUAACCUCAGGCCCAACAUGGCCUACAAGGUGAAAGUUCUGGCCAAACCCCACCAGAUGCCAUGGCAGCUCCCCCUGGAGCAGAGGGAGAAGAAGGAGGCCUUUGUGGAGUUCUCCACAUUGCCUGCAGGUCCUCCAGCACCCCCACAAGAUGUCAUUGUCCAAGCUGGAGUCACCCCAGCCACUGUCCAGGUCUUCUGGAAACCUCCCAUGCUGACUCCCACUGGGUUGUCCAAUGGCGCAAACGUUACCGGCUAUGGCGUGUAUGCAAAAGGGCAGAGGGUGGCUGAAGUCAUCUUCCCCACCGCGGACAGCACAGCCGUGGAACUCGUGCGACUGCGGAGCCUGGAGGCCGAGGCUGUGACUGUGCGGACCUUCUCUGCACAGGGCGAGUCCAUAGACUCUUCUGUUGCUGCCAUUCCCCCCGACCUCCUGGUGCCUCCAACCCCCCACCCCAGAACUGCUCCCACACCGAAGCCAUUAGCAAGUGCCGGAGCCCCCGAUACCAAAGACGAACACCUGGGUCCCCACGUCAAGAUGGAUGAGGCCUGGGAGCAGAGCCGGGCGCCCACCCCCGCGCAUGGCCACCUGCUGGAGCCGCCAGGCUCGCAGGGGCGGCGGUCACCGUCACCCAGCCGGAUCCUCCCGCAGCCACAGGGCGCCCCGGUCUCCACCACCGUCGCCAAGGCCAUGGCCCGGGAGGCUGCGCAGAGAGUGGCCGAGAGCAGCAGGUUAGAGAAAAGGAGCAUCUUCCUAGAAAGGAGCAGCUUGGGGCAGUAUGCCAACUCGGAUGAGGAGGACGGCUAUGACUCUCCAGAUGUCAAGAGGAGGGGCGCUUCAGUGGAUGACUUUCUGAAAGGGUCUGAACUUGGCAAGCAGCCCCACUGUUGCCAUGGAGAUGACUACCACACGGAGAGCAGCCGGGGGUCUGACCUCUCAGACAUCAUGGAGGAGGAUGAGGAGGAGCUCUACUCUGAGAUGCAGCUGGAAGAUGGGGGCAGGAGGCGGCCCAGCGGCACCUCCCACAAUGCCCUCAAGGAAUGCUAUAAGAAUAGGACCUCUGAAGGCACUUUCUUGGAACAGCCUGAGUUUCCCCAACAGACUCACCACAGUAAGAAACUUUUCAGUAUCCCCGAAGUAGCAGAAGAGGACACAGAACAUGUGGAACUGCUAUACAGACAGGGCUUGGGGUCCUCCUCCAGAGCCAGGGUGUGGCUGGCUGGACAGCCCAGACCCGGGCCCUGCCAGAGGAACGAUGAGGCCCCACAGGGCUCCUGGUUCCCUGCAAGAGACAGGGGAUUGGAGGCCACCCCCCACGCAGAGGAUUUCCUUCUUGAAGACAGAGGCUGCCGGUUCAGUCGAUUUGCCACCAGAAGCCCGGACAGUGGCCUGGACUGUGGCAGUGAGGAAGAAGAACUGCGGUUCAGUUUCAGGAACACCACGGCUAAGUGCAGCCCAGGCCCAGCACACUGUCCCUGCAGGAGGAGCCUUAGGCCUUUACUGGCCCGGCGGCGGACACUGACCCGGCAAAGCAGCAUCGAAGAGGACUUUGGUGAGCAAGUGGACUCCAGUGACAUCAUCAGGAGUAACAAUGCUCAGCCCAGCUCACAGAGAUCCAUACCCGGGAAGUACGGCUGGGAUGGGUCUACUGAUCGUGAAGACUUUCGGGGUGUCUGGAAGAAAAGUGUAGCAAUGCCCGACUGCAGGGCACCCAUCCAACAUGCAAAACCACCUCCCAGAGGUGCAGAGGGUCCUUUGAUUUUAGGGAACCCAGUGUCUGCAGGACGGGCUGACAGGGUGGAUCACAUGGGUCGCAGGUUCCCCCAUGGCAGUGCUGGUCCUCAGAGGUCCCGGCCGAUGCUGGUCCCAUCCAUCGAUGAGUACGCUGGGCGAGACCGCCUUUCUCCAGAAUUCUAUGAAGAGUCAGAAACUGACCCUGGGGCUGAAGAGCUCCCGGCUCGAAUCUUUGUGGCUCUUUUUGAUUACGACCCGCUCACCAUGUCCCCGAAUCCAGAUGCUGCAGAAGAGGAGCUUCCCUUUAAAGAAGGCCAGAUCAUCAAGGUUUACGGUGAUAAAGAUGCUGAUGGCUUCUACCGCGGGGAAACCUGUGCUCGGCUUGGCCUUAUUCCUUGUAACAUGGUCUCUGAAAUCCAAGCAGAUGAUGAUGAGAUGAUGGACCAGCUUCUUAGACAAGGCUUUCUCCCUCUGAAUACACCUGUGGAGAAAAUAGAGAGAAGCAGAAGAAGUGGCAGGCAUCACUCAAUGUCGACGCGAAGAAUGGUGGCUCUAUACGAUUAUGACCCAAGAGAAAGCUCUCCUAACGUCGAUGUUGAGGCUGAACUUACAUUUUGCACAGGAGAUAUUAUUACUGUUUUUGGUGAAAUUGAUGAAGACGGAUUUUAUUAUGGGGAGCUGAAUGGGCAAAAAGGCCUUGUACCUUCAAAUUUCCUGGAAGAAGUGCCUGACGAUGUGGAAGUCUAUCUUUCUGAUGCUCCAUCCCACUACUCCCAAGACACGCCAAUGCGUUCGAAGGCAAAAAGGGUUCCUCCUGAGGGUUCAGGUACAACAAGGAGAGCUCCAUCCCCCACAGUCCAUCUCCAUUCGGGGUCACCUACGUCAUCUAUGGGUUCUGGUAGUCCUGGGAGAGGCAGGGAAAUGUCCUCGAAAAAGAAAAAGGGGCUGCUUUCCAAAGGCAAGAAACUGCUGAAAAAGCUGGGUGCAGUGAAAUGA